AUAAAACACAUUUCCAAUGCCUAAAAAAAAUUACGUAGUACAAAAAAGGUCGCAGAGGACGCGGUUUAAUUCUUCUACCGCCAGCUCCAUUGUACCCCCGUGGCUUGUAGUCAGAAGACUCAGAACUGAGAGUUGAAAUCAGCAACCAUUUCUCACAUCGCUUGCAAUUCAAUCGCUAGAUUCCGAUCAGACCGCAGCGGUUGCAUUUUUACAAUGGCUGUUAAAGGGAAAUACGGCCGAGGCUCGUCGCGAAAGACGUCGUCGUUGGCAACCAUGGCCUUAGCCGUGUUCGUAACUCUCUCUUUUGUGGUCUUAAUUCUCCUGGCUUUCGGAAUUUUCUCGAUUCCUAGCAGCUCCAGGGGCUCUCAGAAAGCCCACGAUCUCACCUCGAUUGCACACAACACACUCGAAAGAAAUGAACAAGAAAAUGAUGGUAAGAGAGGAGACAAGUGGGUUGAAGUGAUAUCAUGGGAGCCUCGCGCCUUUGUCUAUCACAAUUUCUUGUCCAAGGAUGAAUGUGAAUAUUUGAUUAGCCUUGCUAAACCCCACAUGCAAAAGUCAUCCGUUGUUGAUAGCGAAACAGGCAAGAGUAAAGAUAGCCGGGUACGAACAAGCUCUGGAACCUUUCUUCCUAGAGGACGUGAUAAAACAGUCAGGGAGAUUGAGAAAAGGAUUGCAGAUUUCACCUUCAUACCCAUGGAACAUGGUGAAGGCCUUCAAAUUCUCCACUAUGAAGUGGGCCAGAAGUAUGAACCUCACUAUGAUUACUUUCUUGAUGACUUCAACACAAAGAAUGGGGGUCAGCGUAUUGCUACAGUUCUCAUGUACCUAUCAGACGUUGAAGAAGGGGGGGAAACAGUGUUCCCUGCAGCCAAGGGAAAUUUUAGUGCUGUUCCUUGGUGGCAUGAACUAUCAGAAUGUGGAAAGGGCGGUCUAUCUGUGAAACCAAUGAUGGGUGAUGCACUGCUUUUUUGGAGCAUGAAGCCUGAUGGAGCUCUAGACCCAUCUAGCCUGCAUGGUGGUUGCCCUGUAAUUAAAGGGAACAAGUGGUCAUCUACAAAAUGGAUGCGUGUUCAUGAGUACAAGGCUUAACCUACCACAUAUGGUUCAGAGUUGAGAUGUGAAUUUGGAUGCACUUACUGCAGUAAGGUUUUGUAUGAAAUGAAAGAAUCUUUCAACACCAGUGCCAUAGCAGCGAGGUGCUGAUAUUGCUCAAUGAUGUCAUACCUGAGUUCAUCCUACAUAACGUGUUAUUAUGAUUAUUAUUAUUAUCAUUGUUUUUUAAAAGUAGCAAGAAACCAUGUAAUAAAUGUUUUAUGUUAACUUGGACUCUUGGAGCUUGUGUAUAUUGUUGUCCUUUUUUAGUUACUAGUUUACUACUAUGUUCUGUAUUUGUAUUGCGGCUUACUCCUCUUUGUUUUUACAGAAAUAAGAGGAUGUAAUUUUGAUGACGUAGCAACUACUAAAUUAAUGAAUUUUGAAGUUUGGCUUUUAGA